AUGACGCGCAGCUACAAGCAGAGGCCCCGGCGACUGUAUGAGAGGUUUAAUAAAGCACUUCUUGCUGAGCCAGCCAAGGCUCUACAAGACCUGCAGAUCACCGAGCCGUACGAACAGUCUACAGCGGUGGUUUCUUCUCGGCAAAUUCGCAGCCGAAUUGCAGAGUUCCGACGCAUGUGGCAGCGAGCUAGCGAGACUCUUCUUGUUCAGCACACGUACUGCCCCGGCGAGACAACCCGCCGCUUCUUUGCCCGGGUAGCGACCAAGUUUCAAGACAACACGAUCAUGGAUCUCGGCGGUCGAGAUUCGUACGGGCACACGCGUUAUCAAGAAAUCGCGGAAGAAAUGACAGAAGUUUAA